AUUAAAAAUAAUAAUACAAUGAUAUUGUGAUGCACAUCAAACAUAAGCUAAGAUAAGAACUUAUUUUUCCCUUAUUGUAUCUUGUCUUUAUCUAUAUGUGCAUCCUAUCAUUUCAUGCCCUUACCUUAGCUACAAGUAAAAUCCCAGCAACAAUAAUUUUUAAUCUUUGAUUUACAUCUUGAAAUUCAUCUCUACCAUAGGAAUGGUCUCUAAAAAGUUUUUUUUUUUUCUAAAACAAGUACAGAAAUAUUUAAAGUAAAAUAAAAUCAACCAGCAUGUUUUUUAUGUGAAAUUAAUUAGAAUACACUCAUAAUGUAAUUUUCUUUUAUAAUGUAAUUUAAUCAUAAAUUGUUGUAUCAUUAAAAACUAUUAAUUUUUGUAAUAUUUACUUCAAAGAAUCAUUCUUAAGGUGUCUGUUGUAAUGCAAAUUAAAGGCUGUAAUGUCCUAGUUGUUAUAAAUACUUUGUUUCUUUUCAAGAACCGAAAAAUGAUCUUCACACAAACUUUGUGAUAAGCACGGAUUGGGUUGCAUUUCCCAGUAGGAUACAUUUACUUAGAGGGAAAAGUGGGGAACAACAACCCCAGGCAGAUGUCAUGACUCCAAAUGCAAACUUUUUUUUGGUUUUGCGAAAUUUGGGUUACACAAAAGGAAUAGCACUCUGCAUGAAAAGAGAGAGCAGUUGCAUUUUAAAACCUCUUUCUUGCACCAAAAUAAGCUGGUUAUUUUUAUUUGAACUAAUAGAUCAAAUCCAAAAUCCAAAUGGUUCAGUUUAAUCAUAUGACAAUGGAAACUCUUCUAUCCAAAUACUUUUCUCUCUAUAAUCUUUCUGUCAUAUCGGAAGGCUCAAUCUCUAUUACACAAUCCUUAGCAGCCAUAGCACUAAUUCUCAUUUUACUUUGCUUUUGUUUCCGAUCAAGAAGUGUCUACCUUCUUGAUUAUGUUUGCUAUCUGCCUCCUGAUAAUCUGCGUAUUCCAUACUCCAAUAUCAUAGAACACUUUGAAAUGUGCAACUUCAACAGAGAAGUGGUAGAGUUUGAGUUGAAAGUAUUGGAAAGAUCCGGAAUUGGAGUUGAGGCUUGCAUGCCAGAAUCAGUUCAUGAGCUCCCACCAGAUGAUUCCCUGAAGCAUGCAAAAGAAGAAGUUGAAUUGGUUCUUUUCACAAUUGUCAAAGAUCUUCUUUCCAAACACAAAGUGCAUCCUAAAAGCAUUGACAUCCUUGUGACAAAUUGUAGCUUAUUCUGUCCUACACCAUCCAUUGCAUCAAUGAUCAUUAACAAGUUUGGAUUUCGGAGCAACAUAAAGAGUGUCAACCUUAGUGGAAUGGGAUGCAGUGCUGGAUUGUUGUCAAUAAACUUGGCCAAAGAUCUUCUCAGAGUUCACAAAAACUCAUUGGCUUUAGUUCUUAGCAUGGAGGCUGUAGCUCCAAAUGGCUACAGAGGUAAUGCCAAGUCCAAGCUUAUUGCCAAUGUGUUGUUUCGGAUGGGAGGAGCAGCCAUUUUACUAUCCAACAGAAAACAAGACAAGCCAAUGGCCAAGUACAAGCUUCAGCAUCUUGUGAGAACCCACUUGGGAUCAAAUGACAAAGCAUAUAAGUCUGUUUACCAGGAACCUGAUGAGAAAGAGAUUGUGGGUGUUUCCCUCUCACGGGCACUUCUAAGUGUGGCUGCUUCAGCUUUGAGGACUAAUAUAACAAUCUUGGGUCCCCUCGUCUUGCCAUAUUCUGAGCAACUUCGCUAUGGCUGGUCAGUGAUUUGCAGGAAAAUAUGGGCAAGGGGGAAUAAGGAAACCUAUGUGCCAAAUUUCAAGAAAACUUUCGAGCAUUUUUGUAUACAUGCUGGUGGUAAGGCAGUCAUAGAUGCCAUAGAGGAAAGUCUCAAGCUGCAGAAGAAAGAUGGAGAAGCCUCAAGGAUGGCAUUAUAUAGAUUUGGUAAUACUUCAUCUUCUUCUGUGUGGUAUGAACUAUGCUACUUGGAGGCAAAAGGAAGAAUGAAGAAAGGAGACAGGGUUUGGCAAAUUGCCUUUGGAAGUGGCUUCAAGUGUAACAGUGCAGUCUGGAAAUGCCUUUCUGAUAUUGAUCCAAAUGUAACGAAUGCAUGGUCAGAUAGAAUCCAUUUGUAUCCAGUUGAGAUGCCUGUGUUUGACUGUUAA